CGCUCCAGCAGAAACCAUGGCAGAUAAUUCCUGGGCUGAAAGAGUCUCCAAUGAGACAGUCACCAAUGCCAGUUCAGAGCUCGCUUUGGAAGCAGACUUCCAGUACUCCUUGUUUACGGCCGUUUACAGCGUUGUCUUCGUGCUGGGACUGAUAGAAAAUGUCUUGGCUCUGUACUUUCUGUGCUGCAGAGCGAAGCACGUCUCCCAUUCCUGCGUGUACAUGAUGAACCUGGCAUUGGUAGACACCCUGUUUGUGUUUGUGUUGCCCUUUAAAAUCCAUUACCACCUGAAUCGGAACAAUUGGAUCUUUGGUGACAUGGCCUGUAGGAUAACGGGGACUCUCUACUACAUCAACAUCUACCUGAGCAUCGCCUUUUUCACCUGCAUUUGCAUCGAUCGAUACACUGCUGUGUUGCACCCCUUCACGUACAUCCGGAUCAAACUCAUCCAUUACCUGGUAGUGGUUGCAGUGCUGUGGGUGGUCGCUCUGAGUGUCAUAGUUUCACUUAUCCUUGGAGGUCCUCUCCACAACAGAGGCGUGAGGAACACAACAGCGUGUUUUGAGAACUUUGGUAAACAUAGCUGGACUUACCGCAUGGCACCUUACAACAUCCUGGCCUUAGUUUUUGGGUUUGUGAUCCCCUUUUCCAUCAUUCUCAUCUUCUACCCUCUCAUUGCCAAGAGGAUCUCCCAGAUCAAACACAGUGUUCGCAAGAGGAAGGCCCUGAGCACCAUCUACAUCAUCUUGGUCAUCUGUACUUUGUGCUUUCUCCCAUACCAUCUCACCCACUUGCUCCACUUUCUGAUGAGGAUCCAGGUCAUCCAGAAUGAGGUGUUUACCAACUUGGUCUACAAAAUGCGGAGGGUCACCUUAGCCCUCGUGAGCCUCAACUGUUGCCUUAACCCACUUUUGUACUACUUCACCUCUUCCAGCAAGCGUUGGCACCUAAACUUCAAGCUUAGAUUCAGGUCUAAAUCGGUGUACACUAUCUGUGACCAGAAGUUCGGGGAGUUGUCCUGGGGUUAUAAACUACACCAGAGAUGUGGGAAUAAAAAACCCGGGGAUGGAAUCAACUGAUCCACUUAAAAACCCACGCGGCUUCUGACGUCAGCAGAGUUUUGCACCCUGUGAAAGGAGAGGCUGGAGAGAAUUUAUCAUUUGUGGUUUAUCAGAGUUGAGAGGAAAACCACUGGCCUGGCUGACAAACAUGCUGAAAAGGCAGCGGUUC